AGGCCUUUCUUGCAUCUUAUGAAUGCAUUUUUAUGAUUAGACUGAUAAUCAGCCAACUUAUUUGAAAAUACAUGUCAUAGUUUGUGAUGUCUUAAACCUACCAUGAUACAAUGGAUAUAGGCAAAGAAUAUUCUUCAUGGGACACUUUCCAAAAUGCACUUGAGCAAUAUUCAAAAGAGAAUAAGGUAAAUUAAAUGUUAUUUGUUAAUUUUAUUUGUUGUUGUUGUUGCUAUUAUAGCAAUUCCUCAGAGUUAAAGAUUUUGUCUACCAAAAAAAAAACAAACAAACAAAUUCAACUUGCAUGACUCUAUUAUCUAGUGUCUAUUAAAUUUUAAAUACAUUACUUAAAAGUUUUAAAUAAUUAUGUGCUACAUUCUGUUAUUCAGACAGGAUGUAAUGUUUUUAUCUUGAAAAGUUUUCUAUGUUGCAAAAGCUUUCAAGUGUCUUAACAGAUUAAUUAACACAGUUGUACAGUUUUUAGUUGAUUGAGAGAAUAGCCACAGUUUUAAUAUUUAUUAAGCUGCAUUGUCAUCAUGUCAUUCUUUCAUCUUGACUUGUUACAGGUUGUCUAUAUUGUGGGUACCUGUAAACCGGUGGAGACAGCCAAUAGAAAUGAUUCCCUGCAGUACAAAUUUCCUCCCAAGUUCAAGUACUGCUUUGCCAGAAUGUUGUGUAAACAUUACGGCAACUACAGCAGCCGUAGUGUUGGCCAUAGACCUCAUCAGAGGUAUAAGAAACCAUUUUCUGACCUUUCUUUAUGGGGUUAUCAUUUGAGAUAGAUAUAAGUAGUACAGGUGCUAUAAUUUACAAAAAUCAAGUGUGGUAUUAUUUGUGCAAUGUCAGUUUUGUAAGCCGGGUGAAUUAUUUUUUUGAAUCUUAAUUUAUCAGCACAUAACUAACAAAAAUAUUUAGUUUUGAUUAUUCAAGCAGAAACAAGAGAAACAAUUUCUUUAAAUAAUACAUAUCAAAUGAUAGGAUUAACUCGUAAUGGUUACUGGUAUUCUAAAAAGGGUUGCUAAUAUCCACUGCAGCCUAAGUAAGUAAUGCUAUGUGAAGAGUUAUUCUAGUAUUUUCAUUGAAGAGCCUAAUACUGUUAAUGUUUUUGAGAUUUACGUAUGGUUUACUUUCUCUUAAAACUUCUUUGGAAGAUUGAAUAAGCAACGAGACCUCAAUGACCAACUCAUUGUUUAUUUAUUUGAUAUAGACAAGAUUUUAAAAAAAUUAUUUUUAAUUUGUUUUGUUAAUGAUAGAAAAUGCGUGUUGACAGAUUUAACUUUUCAAUCCCAGAACCUGCAAGACAGGUUGCACAUCCUCCAUCCUGGUGUCUGUCAACAAGAAGAGGACGGCCCUGGUCAUCAAAGAAGCCAACCUGCAGCACACCCACGAAGUAUCUGAAAUCAUUUUCAGUAAAUAUCCGCAAAAUCGCCGCUUACAGGGCGAGGAGAGGCGCAUGGCCAGUGUGUUGUUAAGAGCAGGAGUACCACUGAGCAGAGUGCAGGAGUUCAUAUCCAAUUCUUGCAGCAAGGCUCCCACUAUUAAAGAUCUCAAGAAUAUCAAGACAUCAAUGAAGGGAUCCUUGCCAGAGAAGGAGGGUCAUGAGUUUGAAUUUCUGACUGACCUUGACCUGCUCAUGGCAGAGGACAUGGAAUCUGUGGUGGAAAUCAUUAAUUUUGAUCUCGUCCCCGGGGCCGUAUAUUUUCAAACCUCUGAUAUGUUUGAAAGGAUUAAAACACUGCAAGGGGGGCAACUGCAGAUCGUCACACUGCACAUCAACGAUGGGAAGAUGUCCCUGGUCAGUGUUGUGGGCGUGGACAAAGAUUUGAACAGCCAAACUCUUGCCUUCUGCAUUAUUAUAGUUGGGGCUGAAGCUGCCUUCCAGUACUUUGUAGAAGCCUUUGUGAAAAACAACCAGUCCUUCUGUGACACGGUGACCGGGGUUGUACUCGACUGGUGUAAAGACAGUGCCGACUUCUUGCAGCAGCUGAUUCCGCAAGCGGCCAUUGCCUGGAGCAGAUCGUACAUCUUGGAAAGCUUCACUGAAGAACUCAAAUGCAGUAAAGAUAUUCAGAAAAUGUUGACAUUAUAUAAAGAACUGAUGAACGCAAGCAGCGAAAAAGUGUACGAGGACAGACUUAAAGAUGUACUUGAAUCAAAGUCAGCCACCGAAUCUAAAGAAUUCCUCAAGAAAUGGGAUUCCUGUAAAGAGUUUUGGGUUCAGUAUGUAAUUUCCUCAAGUGAGGGGCUUCAGCAUCAACAAUCAGCCGUUGAGAUGGAUUACAUCAAUUCACUGAGAGCUUUUGUCCAACCGUCCAUGGGCUUGUCAGAGCUCAUCAAAGCUUUGCUCAAGUUGGACAGAAAUGAAGAACCUGAUCCUGAGGAGGAGAAGAAGGAGCAGCUAUGUUCAGACCCAGACCCCAGCUGUGAUCUGUACAGACACCUGUGUUUUCCCCAGGCCUCGCUGGCAAUAAUAAACCAGAUAGUUAUUGCGCUCGGCAGUAUGUACAAUAUUAAAAUACAAACCGACAUGAUUUUUAUAAAUCGUGUUGACAAUGAGGAAGAAUUUAUUCUAGACAACUCGGGCAGCAAAUGUACUUGUCCGUAUUUUAUGGAAACAGAUCUGCCAUGUCAACACAUAUUUGCAUGGCUCAAAUUCUCUAACAAACCACUGUACAAUGAAACAUUAGUUCCAAUCAGGUGGCAGGUGUUUGGCAAAUCAAUCACACUCGAUGCCCUGGCAGAGUCCUUGAAUCAAGGCCAAGUGCCAUCAUCAUUCCAUCAUGACGAAAGGCUUAAAGAACUUCAGGGGGUUCUCAAGGACACCCUCAGCAUCUGCUGCUCUCACUCAUAUCAACAGAUGGGUCAAGACCUGGUCCUGCUUAAACAGAUCCUUGCUGUUAUGAGCAACUGUUCAUCUAACAAAGCAAAGGUAGUCAUGGACAAAGAGGAAGACAAACAGAAUAAUGUGGCUGCUGCGCAGUUAGAAACUGUUACCCCGCUGCCAAGACGGCGCGGGCGCCCAAGUAAAAAAGAUAAACUUUUGCAACAGGAACAAAAUGGCCAGCCUGCACACCCCAAAAUGCCAACACCACCAGCAGGGUCCAGACACAACUUGCGUGCUAACAUCAAGCAUAAGUUUGUCACCCGUGAGGUUCACUAUGAUGCCAACAAUAGCGAUGACCCUGUGAGUAAAAAAAUGAAGGAUUUCAUCACCGAAAAUGACUCUGAAAACAUCAUCUCAACCAUACCCAGCAUAGACGGCACUGAGCUUCUCAGGACAAUCGUGCCCAAAACUGAUACAGCCAACACUUCUAUUGUCCAGUUUGCAAAACUCGGCUCAGAUCAAAAGCCUCACAUGGAUACAGGAGAUGCCAAAUUUUCUUCCUUAGAAGGUAAAGAAAAUAAUGUUUCCAUUACAAAGUCAGUGAGGGGGCAUGCAUUUUCUAGACUUAAAGGUGCCAGAAAUCUUUCCGUCUACAAGCAAAAACUUUACGAUGGCUACCAUGUCAGCACACCUCGCAGAGGGAGGAGGCCUUCAGCGUUGAAACUUGUUGAUAGGAGGUCAAGGUCAGAUGAAGAAAGUUCUGGGGACGAUGAUGAUGAUAAUGAGGAAAACGAGGACAGUAAUCAUCCUGAUGGAGCAGAGGCAGAUGAAGCGAAGGAAGAAAAUAGGACACAAGACCUGCAGUUUUAUCUCAGGAGUAUUUCUCAAGAUACCUUGAAUGAAUUGAUGCAAGCAGUUUCAUUACUUGAUCUACCUGAAGAGAAAGCCCUGGGUGAUAAAGAGGGUAGCCCUACAAGCUCAGAAUACCCAGCUGCUGUGUUGGUUAGGAUGUGCAAGAACACAGAGGUAAGGAGAUUCUCUUCAAUAUAGGCCAAUCAGUUGAAGCUAACUUACAAUGGUACUAUGGAAAUUACAACUUAUCCAUUCAAUGAAUUUGUGUUUAUUUAAUGCUUUUUACAUAACCUAUUUAAAAUGUGUGAUUAAUUUGGUUACUUUAAAUAAAAUAUAAGAUUAAGUUGUUUACUUUAAAAUAUAAGAUUAAUUUGGUUACUUAACAAUAUAAUAAUUUUGUCACCUUAAAAUAUAAAAUUAACCUGUUUCCUUCAAAAUGUAAGAUUAAUUUGUUGACUUGAAAAUAUAAGAUUAACUUGUCAAUUUGAAAUGAGAGAUCAAUUUAAAUGUUGAAAACACUCUAAAACUCUAAAAUUUUAACCACUCUUAACAAUCACCGUCUGGACACUGCAACAAUUAUGUUUAUUAUACUCUCACUUGGGGCACAACAGUGAAACCCUGAAACACUUGAGGGGCCUGUCAACUAAUAAAUAGAUAGAGGAGCAAUUUAAGUCCAUCAGUUUGAUUUCUGUUUCUAAACAGUCUUUGAGAACGUCAUAUCGAUCAGAGGCUUCAAACACAUAAGUUUUAAAUUUCUAUAUUUUUUUUUGUUCUUUCUUGUUUUCGUCUUGUCUGCUGAAGAAGGUGUUAAGCGGAAACGUUCUUGAAGUUGUCCUAUCUUUUUUUAUGCAAGCCUAAACAUAUCUUUUUCCAGUAGUUAUUGACUUUGCACGGCUUGAAGCAGUCCCGCACCUCUUGUCUUGUGAAAUAAAUAAGUAAACUUAACUGAUCUACAUACCUAAAAUAUUUUAUACUUGUUCUUUAAUCUAUAUGAAAUGAAAAAGAAUAUUUUAUGGUUAAAAUUUAAAACUAGCAAUAGUUUAGACUAGUGGUUCCCUUAGGACUCGACUUGCACUUCUGAGGGGCUCUAAACUGCUGUUGCUACUACAGGAAACUCCUAAAUACAUUAACUAGUAAGGCAUAUAAUAAGCCAAAGGGGCUCCCCCAUAGAAAUUGAUUCUAAAAAUGGACCCCACAAGUCAAAAAGGUUGAGAAUCAGUUAUUUAGACAGUGGUAAGAAAAAUAUUAAUUGAUAUCAGAUUUAGAUGGAUUAUUUGAACAAGCCCGUAUUUUUAGGCUGUUGAAACAUGAGUUACUACAGUUAAUAAUUUAAGUCAAUGCGUUGAUCCAUUCCAUUCAACUAAAUACUGUGCUUAUUUCUUUUACAGAUGAUGGAAUCAAUUGUCGACCACAUCAAACAAAAUUGUUUCUCUUAUGACAAGUUCAUCUAUCAGGUGUCAGCUUGCAUUAUCUAUAGAUCCUACCAGACAGGUGUUGCCAUCAGUGACCUACUACAAACAGUCAGCUACUGGCCCAAUCAUCUCCCAGAGUUCCCAGCUGCUCGGCCAUUGGACGGAGAGCUCACCCUAGCGGAGGGCCAGGUUCUCAGGCUUGGUGGAUACAAGCUUCAGCAAGCUGAUAUGGACACAUUAAAAACUGGGGAGGAGCUUAGUGUUAAGGUAAGUUCAUCAAGCACAGAAUUUUAGGGAAAAUAUUUUCAUCAAAUUCUAGAGAGGUGGACCAAAUAAGGUCUAUUUUUAAAAUAAUUUUAUCUAUUAAUGUAAGUCAGCAUGCAAAAAAUACACAUUUGCAGAUCGUAGACCAGUGAAACAGUACACAAAGGGAAAAUUAUUCUAUAAUUAAAAGCUGUUUUAGUCUCAUCAACGUUUUCCUUGAUUAGAGUUGAGACUGAUAAUUUAAUACAUUAAAUGUUAAGUGAAAUGAUUGGGCUUUUUAUAUUUUGAUUUGAUGUCUCAGGUUUUGCAUGCCUACCUGGAAGUCCUGGCCCAGAAACACAGCGGAAAGAUGUUUCUCAUUCCCUAUGAUGUGGUGCAUUCUUGGAGGAGUGGCAACUACAUUGAUAGGGUAUUUAAAAAGGUCAGUUUUGUCAGGUAUUGAGUUAAUUCCCAUUAAAAUGAUUGUUUUUAUUCAUUGUUUCCAUAUACCUGAAUAUUUUAACAUGUAAACUCAACAUAACCAUUUGUUGCUUUUGGAAUUUUCUUCUCCCUGAGAUAAAACCAUUUUAAACAAAGUUUUCUUACUUACUUACCAGCCGGUUGCUGUUACACUGCCAGCCGGUUGCUGUUACACUGCCAGUUUUAUUUGGGACAAUUUUUCUUUCUUUCUUGUUUUCCCUGUAAAACAAAUCCCCCCAAUGAUCUGGAAACAAAUUGAGUUUCAUGCAUUUAUCUAAUAAAAAUUUAUGGAACACCCCCUGAGCUAUAAUUUUUGUUCUGUCUUUGAAUGAAUUCAAGUUUUUCCUUUCUCAUCAGGUUCAUUUAAAAACAUUUGAGUACUUGGUCCUUCCCAUCCACUGUGGAGCUGAGUUUACCGAGUCAGAAAGACAGUCCAGUGAUAUACCAGAGCCCUGCUGGAUGGCGCUGGUGGCAGAUGUCAAGAAAAGGACAGUGGCCAUCAUGAACCCCAAGACAGAUGAUAAAUAUGCCAUAGCCGCUAAUGGCUACAUGCUACAGUGGAGGUAGGACACCUGGGAAUCCGGUGAAAUUUAUUAUUAAACUUUCAUAUGACCCGGACAUUAGAUCACAUCUCAGCUUCACAAGAAACGGGAGACAUGGAUUAACUAAAGUCUUAUUAUUCGUCACAGAAUUGGGGAAUAGGUUGAAAAAUAAUUAUGAUAUCAAAAGUUUAUUAUCACCAGUAUUAUUGUGAACAGAAGAAAGUUUAUUUUGAUAGCACAUGCUUUAAUAAGAUGUUUACUUUUUGAAAAUGUCGUAAAACUCAAAUUUUGCCACCAAGUAUCAUUUUUAUGAUCCUCCUAAGAGUUAUUUAAAAUGAACAGAUCUUAGUUCCCUCUAAGAUGUAAGAGAAAGGACUCACUUCACUUCCAUAGGAUGAUUUCAUAAUCUCUCCUACAGAACUCCAUCCCUCUGUGUUUUGUGUUUACAGAAUUUACAUUGCUUAAAUUCAUAUAUUUUCUGACUUUUUCCCCAGACGCUACAUGCAGAUUCGUUCAGUCCACACAGGAGAGAUGUUGUGCAGCUGGAGCACCCACCAAAUAGAGUGUUGUAAAAUAGAGAAAGAUCAUUGGUCAGGGAUCCAUCUUCUCAUGGUCAGUCAGCUUGUUUCUUAGAGACACUUUUUUUUUAAAACUUUGUUUUCUUGGCCAGUUAUGGAAAUCAACAAAAUGCUGUUGUGAUAUAUUGUUACACAAAAAAUUAGCAUGUCUUUAGUCUUCAAAGAAAAUGGUGACGCUGUGAGGUCAUUUUGCACUUAUCAUGUAGAGUUUUUUUUUAAAUGUUAACAUUAAAACAAAAAAAAGUUUUUAAAAAAACUAAACAAAUAAUUUCAAAGCCCUCCUCAAAACUUUGAGAGUCAAGGCUAAAAAAAUAUUUCUAUCUGAAGAUAUCAAUUUCACAGCUUACCUCAAAACCUUAGCGCCAAGGCUAAAGAAAGUACUAGCUUUCUUGGAAAUCUAAAAAAUGAAAGUCAUGAUAGAGCCAAGGCUAAAGAAAAUACUAGCUGAACUUGGAAAUCUAAAAAAUGAAAGUCAUGAUAGAGCCAAGGCUAAAGAAAAUACUAGCUGAACUUGGAAAUCUAAAAAAUGAAAGUCAUGAUAGAGCCAAGGUUAAAGAAAAUACUAGCUGAACUUGGAAAUCUUAAAAAUGAAAGUCAUGAUAGAGCCAAGGCUAAAGAAAAUACUAGCUGAACUUGGAAAUCUAAAAAAUGAAAGUCAUGAUAGAGCCAAGGCUAAAGAAAAUACUAGCUUAACUUGGAAAUCUAAAAAAUGAAAGUCAUGAAAAAUUACUACAGCUAGGAAGCAUUUAAUAAAUAUUUGUACACUUAGAUUGGUGGAUUAAUUUAUGUGCCUAUUUAUUCUUGCAUAUUCUAUUCAUUUAUGUUUAGUACCCUUGUUUUUAAGUUCUUGAAUAUUGUUUAUAAAUUGUUGGCAUUGAGAUUAUCAUGAGGUUUAUUUUUUUUAAAUUGGGAAAGGCUUGAGAAUUUUGUAUUUAAAAAAAAAGAGGGACCAUGAAUUUCAAACUACCUGAACAGCUGAAUGAUGUCCCCUUUUAAAGACUUGAUCAUUUUCUUCUCAUAUCCAGAAUGUUGAAGCUUUGAUCAACAAUGUCGCACCCAUUGUGAUGACUGAAGCUCACGUCCGCAGUUACCUCCACCUGAUAGCUGUAGCCUUGCGUGACACAGAUCGUGAGACGACCGUCCUGUGUGUGGGUGGACCUGAGUGCCAGGUACUUGCCGCCAGAGAUGCCGACUGGCUCCAGUGUGAGAACUGCCGCACAUGGUGGCACAGGGCAUGUGCGGAUCAACCGGCCUCUCGUCCAAUUUUCUAUUGUAACUCUUGUCAUCAAAGAAUUUUGGCUGUCAAAGGAAACAUUUUGACAGUCAAUUCCCAGCCUGAGGAAGAAGAGUGUUUUGACGAUGGCAAUGAAGAUGAGAUGGAAGAGACUGCCAAUAAAGUGGAUGACGAUGAGAUGGAAGAGACUGCCAAUAAAGUGGAUGACGAUGAGAUGGAAGAGACAGCUAAUGAAGUGGAUGAUGAUGAAAAGAGUCCAGUUCUGCAAGAAGGAAGUUCUAUUGAAGUAGAUCAUUAAGAAUUAUCCUAAUUACUAGACAUUGUAUGAAUAUCUCCAGGACACAAUGGGAAAAGACACAAAAGACUUGAAGAUGUGCAAGGAGUUAGAGUGGCAGGACCCAGAGAAUCUGAAGUUAGGACAGAGCGGCCAGGACGCAGAGAAUCUGAAGUUAGGACAGAGCGGCCAGGACGCAGAGAAUCUGAAGUUAGGACAGAGUGGCCAGGAUGCAGAGAAUCUGAAGUGAGGACAGUGUGGCAGGAUGCAGAGAAUCUGAAGUCAGGACAGAGUGGCAGGAUCAAGAUAAUCUCAAGACAGGGAAGGACAGAAAAUAGAUGUCAUGGCUUCCACUUAGACAGGUGGAGAAGAGGAGAAGAGAAAGUUGUCAUACUGUAUAGAACUGUAUAUCAUUUUGCUUCUUGUUAGAUAGAAUGUUAACAAAUUAAAUGUUCAUAAAAAAUUGGUAACGUGUACCUACUCAAAUCUCAGGCCCAUGGAACUUAUCCUGACAUAUCAAAUAUCUCAUGGGACUUACCCUGAGACCUAAAAUCUGCUACAAUGAUUUUCUAAUGCAGCAGUAUUUGAACACUUGGUUAAGCAAUCAGUUUCCCGGUGCUUUUAAAAAGUGCAAGUUGUGUUGAUAUAUUUGAAUGGUUGGCCAAAGAUGUAAACUCUAGUAAUGUUGGUCACCAAAAUCUCUAGUCAGUUAUCUUUUUAAAAAAACUUAUUAAAGAUACCAGCAUCACUUAAAGGACUGAGAAAUGAGAAUGUGGGAUAAGUUCAUAGCUACAACCCAUGUGGAGCCCUCCAGGCCUACCAAACGGACACAUGGAUAUUGUUUAGGGCUGUGAUGCUUGUAAGUCUUCAAAAUACUUGAAUGUGACAAAAUGCAGUAAUAUGUUAACUGUUUAUGUAUGGAC